AUGACAGCGGCGAUCUCUCAGCGGAAGACCUGGAAGGAAAUCUGGCCGUCCUCCCCAAGAUCCCGACCUCGACGACCGCGAAGGUCAGCAUCGAAGAUCUGCAGGUGGGGGACUCUGGAUCUGCCACCCCCGAGGAGAUCGGCAAAUAAUCUGGAAGAAACGACACCUACUGAUCGGAAAAGGGAACGCCUUACCCCCAGCAGCCAAGGGCGUCGUGUGAGAUAUCGAUGUUGGAAAUGCGAAACCGAUCGCACUGCGAACCCGGAAAGUGCCCACGCGAUUUCGCGAAAAGUCGCAGGCCUGAUCAAGGGUCUCCUGGCAGCCAAGAUCAUCCGACCCUCGACAUCACCAUGGGCCUCGCCGAUCGUGAUCGGUCAGAAGAGUAACGGCGUGGAUAUCAGAUUGUGCAUUGAUUACAAGCUGCCUCACGAGGCUGAUGGUCUACCCUAUACCCCUGAUCAGUGA